AGCGUGGUGGUGGCUGCUGACGACCUCAGGUUUUGGAGGUUGCUCAGCAUGCCAGCAGUCCGGGGACGAGUUGGCCGUAAGCCGCUCACCGAGUACCAGGGAUGGCCCAAAGGCAUUUACCCCAUGAGUGAUGGCUGGGUGCCACCGUGUUAUCCCAAGGAGGAGGACUUGAUUGCGUAUGAGGAGCGCAUGAAUGCGCGGAAGAAGGCCACCCUGGUGAAGAGGCAUUUGUGCAUGAAGGAAACCAUGGCUUUUACAUGUUUUUGGUGCCGGGCAUCUGAGGAGGAGCCGCAACUGCAUCAGCUCAGAAAGAGAGAAUUUGCUCAGAAGAGCGAGUAUUCCAUGCUAGCCUAUGCCAUGGGAGAGGGCGAAUAUUCGGGUGAAGGCGAUGACCGAAGCUAUUUCGCGAUUGUCUUCUAUGAGCCCUCCAAGAAAAGCAAGGUGGAAAGAGCCUUCAAAUCCACUGGUUUGGAGCUGGGAGACUACGAGCAGGUGGUCGUGGAUCCAGAUUCCAAGAUGGAACAGGAGGAGAAAUUUAUGUAUGCGCACGGCGCGGGUGAAGUCGGAGAGGUGAUCCUGGGCGUUUGAGUAUCAGGUGGUGCGCAAGGGAAGUCCAGAAUACGAUGACCCAUGGGGGCCUUCUCACCCUGAAGGUCGGUUCUGGGUGUGAGAAUGGCCCAUGGCGACCGACGCAAGCAUGCAGGAGUCGGCGCGAGCCUUGAUAGUGGUCCCCUUGUCCAUAGAUCUCCUCAACAAGAGGAGGAUUCUGUUCAAAACACCUGCAGUCCUUGUGAAGUGGGGCCACAACACACGACGGAUUC